UAUCAGUCGGUUGGUUCCUGUGUUAUUUCACUUAGAAAAUUUGGAAUCCAUAGAGAAUGUCGCGAGGUUGUGGCAUGCUAAUAUGUAAAUUUAUAAGGACAAAUCUGUUGAUAAAUCUUCUGGUAUUAUCAAUGGUCUUAGGAACUGGACUCGGUUGUGCAUUAAGAUUUUUAUGGUCGCCACUGCAGAAAAGAAAUAUAGGAUACCUAAAACUUCCCGGGGAUAUUAUGCUCAACACACUGCGGAUGGUGUCUGUGCCUCUUGUCAUCUCCGGUAUCAUCUCGUCACUAGCCUCACUGUCGAUAAGGACCUCCGGUAGUAUCGGACUGAGGGCAUUAAUAUACUAUAUGUUUACCACUCUUUGUGCCGUAAUUACUGGUAUCGUGGGAGUAGUGCUGGCCCAUCCAGGAAGAUGUACAGUGGACGUGUUGGAGACGCCAGUUAAUGAAAUAAACCAACUGGAUUCUUUUCUAGAUAUGAUAAGAAACGCUUUCCCGGACAACAUUGUGGCAGCUAUGCUUUCUAAGAAGCAGACGGUGGUCACCGAAAAGGUCGUGCCAUCCGAUGGGGAUUCUGAUAGUAUUCACAUUUACACAGACAACGUAAAUAAUACGUUUGUAAAUACUUCAGAAAAGCAAUAUGAAGGUAUCCCAGCAUUAUAUUUUACUCACGAUUCUGUGUCAAUUUCCUGUUAG